GGUGGGUUUAUCAUGAACGUUUUUUAUUAGAUCUUUAAUUUAUCUGACUUUUGGGCCUAUCGCGCAUCCACAAGCUUUUAAUAUGCUCAGGGUUGCCAGAUAAUAGAUGCAACCCCCCAAUCAGAGAUUUAUACUUGAACUAAGUGGAAAUAUUUCGCCUUAUGUCAUACUUAAUUUAUGCAAUCUGGCAACCAUACAUGCGAGUGCACGCGCUUUUUCUCCGUAAAAAACAAACAAACAACUUAGCGCUCAGUAGUGUACAGAGGGGACACGCGAGUAAACAAGUGAGAGAGGUAUAUAUUUAUUCUUUGUGGUAUUUGUAAAAUGCUGAAUCCCGUAUGUGAAUGUUACUCUGGCAGUAAUCAUUUAUCAGUGUCAUGCAGCCUGUUUUAUUCAGUGGUGUGCUGAAUGGGGUGCCAAACACUGACAAGACACACAUCAUGACCCAUGAGCGUGUAAACAGGUUGAUAAUGUUCUGAGAAUAAAACAAGUAAACGGGUCCACUUUGCGGCCAACAUUAAAAUAAACUUUUAGAAUCUCUUUCCCGAAUAUUUUAUUUUACUUUUAAACCAGACUCCUGAUAUAAGUGUUAAAUUGAAUACUAAAUUACCACUGCAUCGAAGUAUGGUAAAAUAAUUAAUAAUUUUAUUCAGCCUUUAUUCAGUUUUACUAACACAUGAUAGAAAGUAUAGCAGCAAAACUUCAAGCAAUCGCAGAAUGGUACCAUCAGUCUGUAUACACUUCUGAAAAUUGUGCAUCAUUCACUGAGUGCAUGAGUGUACUGCUACUUCUGGGCUUAAAAGAUAAAACUAUGCAGAAAUGUUUAUCUUCUCUGUUCCAUGUUCGGCUGAUGUGGCCCCAGUACCAAAAUAAUUGCACACCCCUGCUCAAUGGAAUAUGUAAGACUAAUACUGUAAAUUGGCAAGCAGAUUUUCUUGAAUACCAGCAAACACACAAAAAUCCUUUCAUUUUGUGAAUGCACAAAAUGCUGCAUCAAAACUUAUAAAUGUGUAUGAUUUUGCAAAUCAGUAUGUCCUGAUCUGCAGGCGCAGAUUUUUUCUGUCAUUUUAAGUGAUAGAUCAUGGGGGGAAAACCCCCAGAUGCAAAUGUUUACCACAGUGUGACAUCAUAAUGUGGAGGAAGUAGAGAACGAAUUGUUUUGGCAGCUUGGUUUCAACAAAUGUUAUUUUGUUGUCAUGAGAAAGUAUUUAAUGGUCGGUUUCUGAUGAAUUGUCAUUGACAGUUGUCAGUGUUUUUAAAAUAUGGUGUAAAUAGCUAUAUCAAUGUCAUUCCAUACUAGUUUAGGAUUAACGGAAGGGUUUCCUCGCAUUUUUAAUGGAAGAAUGUACAAAUAAUGAAUGUCCCAUUAUGUCGUAUUCACCCUAAUAAUUUCAGUUUAUAUGGGGAAGCAAACUGCAUUUUGCUUUUUUUUUCCUAACAACUCGAAUACCUAUUUGGUUAAGUGCUAAUGCCCCCCAGAGGAAUUGUAACAUUUAAUUCUGUAGUACCUUCUACAGUACUACAUUUCCGAAGAUGCCCACAUAAUGCGCCUGCGCAGUGCUACGGCAGUGGUCAGAACGUUUAUCAAAACCCAUCACAAAACUUUAUUCAAACGCCACACGGGGUGGAAGUGAGUUGUUUGGGUGAAACGUGAGGCUGUUGAUAUGGCGGACCCGGCGGCACAGACCUCCGCGUUGCCCCGGCUUCAGCAAGCUCAGGCCAGCGGGCCGACAGGGUCCAACCCAAACCACGGAGCCGGGAGCAGCGACCCAGCCCGACCAGGCCUGAGUCAACAGCAGUGGUCCAGCCAGAAGAAAGCACAAGUCCGCGCCUUUCCGAGGGCUAAAAAGCUGGAGAAACUCGGAGUGUUUUCAUCCUGCAAGGCGAAUGAUGCUUGCAAGUGCAACGGGUGGAAGAACCCCAAUCCACCAACUGCCACUCGUAUGGAGCUCCAGCAGCAGGCAGCCAGUCUUACGGAGGCCUGCAGAAGCUGUGGCCACUCCUUGGCGGAACAUGUGUCUCACCUGGAGAACGUGUCUGAAGAGGAGAUUAACAGGUUGUUGGGAAUGGUGGUGGAUGUGGAGAAUCUCUUCAUGUCUGUCCAUAAAGAAGAGGACACAGACACAAAGCAAGUCUACUUUUAUUUGUUCAAGUUGUUGAGGAAGUGUAUCCUGCAGAUGGGGAAGCCAAUGGUAGAAGGCUCUCUCGGUAGCCCUCCCUUUGAGAAACCCAACAUAGAACAGGGGGUGUUGAACUUUGUUCAGUAUAAGUUCAGUCAUUUGGCUUCUAAGGAGAGGCAGACCAUGUAUGAGCUCAGUAAGAUGUUUCUGCUCUGUCUGAACUACUGGAAACUGGAAACCCCAUCACAGUUCCGACAGAGGGCUCAGAAAGAUGAUGCUGCCGCCUACAAAGUGGAUUAUACCAGGUGGUUGUGUUACUGUCAUGUUCCUCAGAGUAAUGACAGCUUACCCCGGUACGAGACCUGUCAGGUGUUUGGCCGCAGUCUGCUGAAGUCCAUCUUCACUGUCACACGCAGACAAUUACUGGAGAAGUUCAGAGUGGAGAAAGACAAACUGCCACCAGAGAAACGCACUCUGAUCCUCACACACUUCCCCAAGUUUCUCUCUAUGUUGGAGGAAGAGAUCUAUGGAGAGAACUCCCCCAUUUGGGAGGCAGAUUUCACCAUGCCAGCCUCAGAAGGGUCGCAGCUGGGCCAUCAGACAGUGCUCAGUCCUGUGGCGGUAUCUGGUUCUCCUCUCAGUAAGGGCAGCAGUGCUUCUGUUCUGGUUGGGUCAGUUUUGGACUCGGCCUCCUCUGAACCCAUAGCUGUCAUCAGUUUAGGAGAGAAGCGAAAGCUUCCCGAGGCCUUGACGUUGGAGGAUGCCAAGCGGAUCAGAGUGAUGGGCGACAUCCCCAUGGAACUGGUCAAUGAAGUCAUGAAGACCAUCACAGACCCCGCUGCCAUGCUGGGGCCAGAGACCAGUCUGUUGUCAGCUAACGCAGCACGUGAUGAGACGGCUCGUCUGGAAGAGAGGCGAGGCAUCAUUGAGUUCCAUGUGAUUGGUAACUCUCUCUCUCAGAAGUCCAAUAAGAAGAUUCUAAUGUGGCUUGUGGGCCUGCAAAAUGUUUUCUCCCACCAACUUCCCCGCAUGCCCAAAGAGUACAUCACACGCCUUGUAUUUGAUCCGAAGCACAAGACUUUAGCUCUGAUUAAAGAUGGCCGUGUGAUUGGGGGGAUCUGCUUUAGGAUGUUCCCCACGCAGGGAUUCACAGAGAUUGUCUUCUGUGCGGUUACUUCAAAUGAGCAGGUCAAGGGCUAUGGCACACACCUGAUGAAUCAUCUUAAGGAGUACCACAUCAAACAUGGCAUUCUGUACUUUCUCACCUAUGCUGAUGAAUACGCGAUUGGCUACUUCAAGAAACAGGGCUUCUCCAAAGACAUUAAAGUGCCGAAGGCCCGUUAUCUCGGUUACAUCAAAGACUACGAGGGAGCCACGCUGAUGGAGUGUGAGCUCAAUCCCAGAAUUCCUUACACAGAACUCUCUCACAUCAUAAAGAGACAGAAAGAGAUCAUUAAGAAGCUAAUCGAGAGAAAACAGAAUCAGAUCAGGAAAGUGUAUCCUGGACUCACCUGCUUCAAAGAAGGUGUGCGACAGAUCCCUGUGGAGAGUAUUCCAGGCAUCACUCUCUCUCCCUCCUUUUUUUAUUUAGGAGAGACAGGUUGGAAACCCAGUGCUAAGGAGAAAAGCAGUAAAGAGCUGAAGGAUCCAGAUCUGCUGCACAACAUGCUAAAGAAUCUACUGGCACAGAUUAAAACACAUCCAGAUGCCUGGCCUUUCAUGGAGCCAGUGAAGAAAUCUGAAGCCCCGGACUAUUAUGAGGUCAUCCGCUUUCCCAUUGACUUGAAAACGAUGACGGAGCGUCUGAAGAAUCGGUAUUACGUCACAAAAAAACUGUUCAUCGCUGACCUGCAGAGAGUGAUCACAAAUUGCAGGGAGUAUAACCCACCAGACAGCGAGUACUGCAAGUGUGCCAACACACUGGAGAAAUUUUUCUACUUCAAACUGAAAGAGGCCGGACUCAUUGACAAGUGAUGUGCAUCCAGCCUAUAAUAAGGGACCAGUUAGAUACUGUAGAGAAUGUCAUGACUCAAACAAACACAGAUUUGUUCAGACGUAACAUUUUGAGUGUGCACAUCUAAACCUGUUUAAAUGUGCUGCUUUCAGUUUCUUUGUUUCAAAUAUUUGCUCCAUUAUACAGCAUAGUUGUAAAACACAAGGUUAUAUUAGUGUGUAUUUGAUUGCGGUGGCUGUGCAUUAAGGGAAAAUGGAAACUGAAAGACUGUUUGAUGUGGGUGUUAGUUUAGAUAUAAAUGACUGUAACCAGUUCUGUUCUUAUUUCUGACUCUUCUCCACAAAACGAAUGAUUCAUGUGAACCAUUGUUGGCAUCUGCUCUGUAUACACAAACAUUUGAUCACAUAAUAUAAGGUCUUAUUCUGAGAAACUUCCCUGACCAGAAAUGCUGCAGCCAAAGCCGGACAAUGUUUGGCCUCUAGUGAUGACGUCUAAUUGACGUCACUGUGAUGCCACCAUUCUUUGCCAAAGCUGUUUGUUUGAAACAGCCAUUAAUGAUAUACAGUAUGUGCCUAUACACUGACUUUAUCAGUACCAAUUAUGAUACUGUAUAUCAUCCUGUAUAUCAUAUGAUAUACAGCCAAUUAUGAUAUAAAGGAUGUGCCUAUUCACUGACUUUAUCAGUAUCAGUCUGAAAAUGUGGAAAAAAUGUCAUUGAUUUUUACCUUUUUUGAGUUGUGUUUUUUUUUUUUCUUUUUUUUUUCUUUCUUCAGAAUUGACUUUAGUGGCUUUCAUUGGAGAAAUGACUGAAACUAUCUCCAAUUAUUCAGCUCAUACGUGACAGAUAAUUUCAAGUGACAAUAGACAGUUUUUUGGGGGGGGGAAAUCCAUCUGUCACUGUCAUAUUAGCUGUUUGUUAAUGCCCUUGAUGAAGUGUUUAUCUUUGUCUUCUUUAAAGGCUUUCAGCGUGUCAUGACCUCAGGUGCAGUCAUUCAGUAAUGUAUUCUGUGGUUCUGAAUUUGCCAAGGUUAUUUUGGAAAUUAUUACAGUUUUCGAAACCAGUGUACCACACAGUUGGGACCAGCAACACUUCAAACUUCAUGCUAUUUCCAGUUAGGUCGUAAAUGCAAAUACUUUCUCAGGCAUAAUGGAGAAAAACUCCAAACUUCAGAACUACAAAUUUUAAUUACUCAUAAUAACUGAAGUGUCAUUAAAAUACAGUAUCUGCUACUACCUAAAAAAUGUACAGUAACAUAAACCAUUAUAUCCAAAUGUGCACGUUUUCUAUGAUACUGCAUGUUCUCCAAGUUUACUGUUCACAUAGAGGUGGCUGGACAGGACAGGUGUUCUGUUGGUUUGUUUUUCUAUCUCUAUUAAUGGGCAUAUACUUGAAUCACAAUUUUGAGAAACUGCUGCAAUGUUAUUGUUUUAUCAGGUUUCAAUCUCGUUUUAUACUGUAGAAUGCUGAUGACACCUCUCAUGAAGAGGAUGGGUGUGCUAGUGAGGGGUUGGCUGUGGUUACAUUUUGGAAGAUGCAUGUAAAUUGCAACGGUUCUAUAUACUAUAAUUAUGUUUGUUUGGAAAUAAAAACAAAUUAUGGAAGCUUUCUUGGCUGUGUUGAGCAGUGAUGCAGAUUUGAACAGUCCAGUCAGAGUGAUGCAAAUACUAUAGAGAUGAUAGAAUUGUGAUGGAUUGAUUAGCAGAAUUACAAUAAAAAUCUGUAAUGCUACUAAGGAUUUAGAUUACUUUAAAAUUUCAAUAUUGCAAAAAAUGUAAUAUCAACCUGAUUAUGAAAAUUGUUGAAUGGAUGCUUUUCAGGGCUUUUGAUGAUGUGUUUCUGCCUUAUUUAGCAUUGUAAAUAUAGCAAACUUUUUAAAAUAUUUAACAUUGUAAAAUAAAAUAUUGUAAAUUUCUAAUA